ACCCCUCAAGAACAGUUGUCAUCAUCUCACUGUUAAAUGUGUCAAUUCUCAGGACAAGUGUCAAUGGAAAUUCCACCAUUAAUACCCUCAAACAUGCUCAUCCUCAAUUCCAAUUCCCCUUUUUUCAUCUCACCCUUCAAUCCCAUGCAUUGUUCUUGUACAUAGUAAUUCGCCAUGGAAUCUGCAGGAGCAAAUGCAGAAGAAAAUCAAAGCUCUGUUUCUGCCCACCACAUGUAUGAUGAAAUGCCAAGCUCAAAUUCCACUAACAAAAGUGUUCCUGCUGCUGAAAGGACUGACAGUACAGUUUUGGGUUUGCAGAAUGCGGCAAAUUUUUCUGGGGUUCGGAAGAGGAAACGAGGCGAGUAUGUUGCUGAAAAAUGGGACCCGAUUACGAAAAAACGGGUUUGGUUGGGUAUAUUCAACACAGCUGAAGAAGCUUCCGAGGCUUAUUUAGCUAAGCAAUGUGAAUUUGCUACUGUCCACCACAUGCUUGAUGAAAUGCCAAGCUCAAAUUCGACUAACAAAACUGCUGAUGCUGAUGCUGCUGCCGCUACCACUGCUGAUGAUGAUACUGAAAGAAACAAAGUAGAUCAUGUGAAAAAGCCCUUUAUUCAGGAGAUAUCUUUCCGUCACAAAAGCACCUUACUUGGAGCUGAAUGGCAUAACAUGGGGAAAUUGAGAAAAAAAACUUUCAAGAAAAAGCAGGUAUGCAAAGGCUUUAACUCUAACAUGCAUGCAUCUAAGAAACCAAUAAACGUCAUGAAUCUAGAAUCUUGUAAAGAAACAUCAUGUUCAUUGUCUAAAUCAUCUGAUAGGUGUAAUACUAUGAAAAGAAAUCCUAAAGCUAAGUCAGGCUUACUUGGAAUCCGAAAGCAAAAGAAUGGGAGAUAUAGUGCUGAAAUUAGAGAUCCAAUUAAGCAUAAGCAAGUAUGGUUAGGUACUUUUAACACUAUUGAAGAGGCUUCACAAGCUUAUUUGUCCAAGAAGUCUGAGUUUGAUAUGUUAACUCAGGGAUAUAAGAAGGAUAAACCAAAGAAUUGUGAUCAAACUAAGCUUGAAUCAUCUGUUGGGGCAUCAUUGUCUAGUGGGGGUAGAAAUAAAAAAAUGGAUUCUCCCAAAACAACGCGUUUCGUUGGGGUUCGCAAGAACCAGUGGGGGAAAUAUACAUCUGAGAUUGUAAACCCCAUUAGUAAGAAAAAGAUUUGGUUGGGGACUUUUGGCACGUAUGAAGAGGCUUCCCUAGCUUAUCAAUCUAAGAAGCUCGAGUUUCGGGAAAUAGUCAAGCCAAAGAAGAAAUGUAGUAAGAAAAUUCAUUUAAAUGCAAGGGAGAAGCAAGUUGGGAAAGAGAAAAUAGCUGUAAAUUGUGAAGGAUUUCAGCCUGAAUCAGUUGCUGGAGAAACUUUCCAUGCUAAUCUGUAUAUGAAAUUCGACGUUCAGAGAUCAAAAGAGGCCGAGUUGCAAAACAAUAUGCCGGUUGAUUUUAGUACAGGGGAGAAGCAAGUUGGGAAAGAGAAAUUAGUUGUAAAUUGUGUAGAACUUCAGCCUGAAUCAGCUGCUGAAGAAACUUUCCAUGCUAAUCAGUACAUGAAAUUCGAUGUUCAGAGAUCGAAGGAGUCCAAGUUGCAAAGCAAAAUGCCGGUUGAUUUUAGUACAUGGGAGAAGCAAGGAAAUCAAGAAGACACAGAUUCGUCAAUGGGAAAAUGGGUCCAACUUCCAGAUGGCAGGGAAGUCAAUUUUUCGCUGGAACUGGGUGUACCAAUCAUUGAUAAGUAUGGAUCUCUUUUAGGUGAGUUCUGCGGUUUGGACAAUCUCUGGAUAUAUGAUGAGAGUAUAUAUUAAACGGAAAAUGACAAUGAAUAGUUUGAAAAAUGCAAGAAGAAUUUUUGGGUAGGACUCUGUAGAUAGUAGUAAUAUGUAAGCUUCUUGCAACUUUUGGUUUUCAUCAUAAUGAUAAUGACUAUGUGCAUAUUAGUAAAUCUGUGUUUGUUUGGAAAUUUCUUUUAGUGUGCUAAUUAAUUAUUCUCAUCUUGAUGCCUUUGUGGACAUUACUAUGAAAAUUGGACGUUGAAAAGUUCAUCAUGUCUACUUCCUUUCGACCCUAGCGCUUUAUUUCAUCGUUGUUACUACUUUCAUUUCCGUAUUUUCCUUUUCAAACUGC